AUGAUGCACCACAUGGUCACACGCCAUGGGUAUUGGCUCAAAAUUGGGAAUUUUGUCACCUGCGAAUCUGGCAUCUGCAUUCGCAGGCUCGUUGGAGCCCGUGCUCGUGAGGUCUCCGGGACGUCUGGAUUUGCCCACCCAGGCCGCAUCGAAGGUCAAGAAUCAACGCUCAAAGCCCCUGGCCUUUUUCUUGAGGGGGUGUUGCAGCUCGCAUCACUGUGGAUGGAAGAACUCGGCCUGUUGCGCGUGGCCGCUAUCGGGCGCCUGGACACUGAACGGAUAUGGCCGUGCGUACCUGAGCCCAGCCGCCACGACCGGGGGUCGACGAGCAAGGCCGCGUCAGAGCCCUCGGAAACGCGCGCAGAUGAUGAUGAUGAGGAGGAGGAGGAGGAGGAGGAGGAGAAGGAGGAACCGCAACAGCUUGGAUGGCGCAAUUGUCGGCGACCUUGA